AUGAUACUCAGCAAUGGAAAGAAAUAUGCAUGCCAGCCAUGCAUUCGCGGUCACCGAGCGUCGUCAUGUAAGCAUAGCGAGCGCGAGCUGGUAGAAAUACGACCAAAGGGGCGGCCAGUUACACAGUGCGAAAAGUGCAGACAAUUGCGGAAGUCUCGAAAGGCACACGUCAAGUGUCUGUGCAGCGAACUGGACGAUGACAGU